UCUGAAAAUCAGAAUUUUGUAACGUAGAUUUGCCAUCCAAAAAUGGCUGCGUAUUUGAAGGCCAUAAGUUUGUGUCUUCUGAUAAGUUUGGCUGUUCAAGAAAAUGUCGCAAAGCGUCGAAUUGCACGCGAUCUGGAUGAUAUUGAACCACGCGACAUUGUUGAAAAGUUUAGCCAACACGUGAAAAAUCUUGCAAACAACGCGAAUAAUUAUAAAGCGAUUAAGGAAGGUGUUCAGAGCUGGAUUCAGGAGGCAGAAGACUUGGAUAGUAAAACUCUUGUGACAAGUCUUGCUACCAAACUACAAAAACGUCUAUUAACCAAAAUAAAAGCUGUUGAGGGUAUCGCUGAGGCAGCUACUAGAGCUCUUGAGGAUAACAAACAGCCCAGAAAACCAUACCACCGAUGCUGUCAGCUGCCCGAAGAAAUCGAGACAAAGUAUGACCCAUGGUAUAAGGACAGUGUUACAGAUACUGAGAUGUGCAUAAUGAAGGCUCCAUCUCACUUAAAGGAAAAAGUAGCUGAUUUCUCGUCUGUGAAAACCGAAUUCGAUAGGAAUAAAUUAACUGCAAAAUGGCAAUAUGUUGGAUCUAAAGAAGGAGUGAUAUAUAAUUAUCCUGCCACCCGUGUUUCGGGGUGUGGUAAGUAUGACAACAGAAUAAGACCCUGGUACGUCACCACAGCGACGCCAUCCCCUAAAAACAUCGUCAUUAUGGUGGAUUCCAGUACAUCAACCGGUUAUCACGGCAACAAACUGGGUCAAGCUAUCAAAACAGCUAAAUUGGUACUUAGCACACUCAAUCCUCAAGACAAGGUAUCGUUGAUUCUCUUCAACUCAUCAACCUUUUUGCCAGCUGACAGUGACGUUGAUGAAUGUUACAACACUACCAUGGCAUUUGCCAGCACAUUUACCCUCAACUACCUAAAAUCUUUCAUUGACAGUGCUCAACCGCGAGGUGGUACACGAUUUAUCAGAGCCUUCCAGAGAGCAUUUCAGAUCGUAAUAAACACCUUAAAAUCUGCCUCCGAGGCAAUUCAAACUAGACCCUCCAUGCUUCUCCUGAUCACGGACGGAACUCCCAGACAGAGGAGCACCGAAAAGCAAAGCUUGCAAGCGAUCAAGAAACAAUUUCAAGAGUUUAAACAGGAAUUGUUGAAAUAUUCCAAUAGCACUUUCAAGAUGCUAACAUUACUGAUGUGUAAAGUCCAUAAAGGGAAUUCAUUCUUGAAAGAUCUGAUGCAGGAAACGGACGGCAUACUGAUGAGUGCUUAUGGUACAAAAGAUCCCUACUCCAAGCUGAGAGGUUACUUUGACUAUCUGAUGGAAGUCACACCGGCUCAGCAGAGUGUUGCAGUCUUCUCUCCGCCUUAUGUGGACGCGUGGGGAUUAGGCUACAUGAUAACAGCUGCGAGUGCCUACUUCCAUCACAAGAAACUGGCAGGUGUAGCUGGUGUAGAUAUCCCCAUGACCGAUCUUUUGGCUGAUGUUCAAUACUUUAACCAGGCCGGACCUAAUAGUUAUGCAUUUCUGGUUGUUAUCAAGAAUGGUCACGUGAUGAGCCAUCCCAAACUGCCGACGCCAGAGUCGAUAACUGAGGAUCCAAAUGCAGUGAACAUUUUUGAGCUUGAACCGGGAAAGGAAUUUAAGCAGUUAUUCAAAAAAGUGAAGAGCACUGGCAAACUACAAGAGGCGAAAUUCCUAGCUCGAAGGGUUUCCACUUCCAGGGGAGGAGUGUUGGGAGACGGUGUACAAACAGAACUAAAAGACUACUCGUAUGCUUGCAAACCUAUUGAAGUCGGAAGCGAUAGAGGACAAGAUUACAUGGUUUGUGUUGCUCUUGAAGGAGGAGACACAGGAGAGAAAUAUGCGAGCAGACUCAUCACAAACUCAAUGUCAGCAAACCCCAUUGCUUAUCAUCGCAUGGAUGUUCGCGCGGAGACUGGGACUUGUUAUCAUACGGACACUCUUUCUUAUCCAGAUCGCUCCGUGAUUAAAUUCACCGCCAAAGCCUUCAAGGAACCUGCAAAUUAUCUAGAGGCAGCAGACAACGCCACAGCUGUCCGAGACUAUGUUCGGGAGCUACACUCAUUCCUCUAUUUACACAAGGCUGGUGAUAAAUUCGAUGUCAAUCCGAUCAUGACAGCCGUGUUGACCUCACUAUUGGAUGAAACUUGGUUAUCUCGAAGAAAUCAGGAUAUUAAUUUGAGGAAAUUUGUGCGUCGUUACAUUGGAACCUACAAUGGUGUCCUUCGGAUGUUUCCUGGAGCACCUCUGCCGCCAAAUUUUGACCAUACCACUCGGUCAUGGUUCAUACGUGCUGUUGCAAAUGGCCCUGACUCCAUAUCAUUUGCAGCUCCAUAUCUAGAUCCUCUGGGUGCUGGUUUCAUUGUCUCAAUCAGCCAGUCUAUAAAAACUUCGUACGGCAAAAAAAACUUGUUUGGCGUUGUUGGAGGUGAUCUAACCAUCUCAAGCUUUGGUGCAAACUUCAAAAACAACGCCGGGAAAAAAUGCCUGGAUUCCAGCCGGAACCUGCGGUGCUUUCUUCUGGACACAAGCGGUUAUGUGGUCUAUCAUCCAAACUUUGAACAUGUUGGUAAUAAUCCAAACAAGGUUCUCAACAGACACAUCACAAUUAUGGACGGCGAUAUCGCGCAAGACUUGAUCAAGAAUGGAAUAAUGGUUAGGAAGGAAUGUCAGAACUUUAUGCUCCUAAAGCUGCAACGCUUCUACGAGAUUAAGAUAAAAAACGGCGUAUACAAAGGCACACAUUCAAAUCAGCGUCGUUGCAGUUCCUACGCACUCAUUAAAGUUCCCGAAACAAACGUUUUUGUGGUUGUCACCAAAAGUACUGCUUGCUUCACCAACCGGCCCACGUGCACCUGCGGCGAAAUGUGCAGGCAUCACGAAAGCACGGCGUGUGAGUGUCCGUGUAAAGCUCGCUUGGCAUACAACAUCUGUAACGCUAGCCUCACUCGCGAGAGCGACAUCCCAGUGUGCACCCAGCCCUCACCUUCAGUAGCAAAGCGUGGGCCUCUCGAGCAAAAUUCCGCUGACCUUGGACGAUGCAUCAGCGUGCACUGCGAGCUUUACGAUGAAAAGGAGUGCAAUGAGAUAUUCGGGUGUUUCUGGUGUAACAGGGAAGCUGACGGUUCGCUUCUCGAGGAACCCAAAUGUAUGAGCGACCGACAGUGUUAUGAUGGAGUGAUGGGACAAGAAAACCCUUUCUUGUUACCAGAGGUUCCAAGAAGAAAGACCAAAGAAGUUCGAAGGCUGAAUAAGAUGUUACUUAUCAUAGCGGGAUCAGGCGCCGGAGGACUUCUUAUUAUUAUUCUUAUCGUUGUGGUGUGCUGCAUGCGCAAGAAGAAAUCCCAAUAUGUACAGGAGCCAAUGAGUUUUCAAGCAAUAGAUAUGCUGAUGGACCCUACGGCUGUGAUGGAUGCCAAACAAGGAUUCAACCAAAUGUCGCUGAACUAUCCCGGCCAAAGCACAGCUGUGCAAUCAACGAUGGCGUUGAAUUAUCCCGGUCAAAGUACCGUCAAGCAGUCAAAAAUGAUGGCAAAUUACCAAGGGAAAGGAGCAGGCAGGCAGUCAAAGAUGGCUUUAAAUUACCCAGGCCAAAGCACCAAGCAGGCCCCCAUGCAGAUGAACUACCCAGGGCAAAGUACAGUCAUGGCGUCCAACAUGCAAAUGAGGCUGGGCGGUCAAGGGUUGGGUUAUCCAACCCAAGCAAUGUCUGGGGUGUGGUCAACAAAGUAUGGUCAGUCACAAGUCAUGUCAUUUGCUCCACAGCAGAGUGCCAUGCAGACACCCCAGGCUCCAGGAGGAGGGCAAUCUGCUGCCAGAAGGCGCCGACCCAGACCAAACCGUCACGUGUCAUUCUCGGAGGACGCUCGCGGCCGAAAGAAUCAAGAACCCCUGCCCACUUCCGGGGGUGAACCGAAAGUUGACGAGAAUGGUGAUUUAUAAACCCCGCCAUUCAUGCCUUAAUUACACACGAUUUGUCUUCUUUUGAACUUUCUGAUAACGUACUGAAUCUAUUGGUUUUCUUUUUGUAGCAUUUAAAGCUAAACCAACUUUUAACGGCUCUCAACCAAUACAUUUCUGAAUUCUGUACUGAGUUUCUGUUUCAAAAUGAAUAAAAAAUGAA